AUGGAAUACACCACUCUCUCACUGCAUUGGUUCUCGCAACUAGCUAGCCUGCUGACCCCUUUUUCAGCAUUGGCUGUUGUCGUGGUUCUCGUCACAAUCCUCCCGAUGGUCAUGGACCGGGCCACCGCGGAAAAACCAAAGCCCAAAAUCGCCAGCUCAGGAUCCCGGUUCGCCAACAGACAGGACUUCGCCGCCAAUGGCGUUGAGAUCAUUGAGAAGGGCUUCAACUAG